UAGAAUUCUGCGGAUAGAAACUCUAAGAGGGAGAUCGACUUGAGAAAAAUAGAAGGCGCUUCCUUAACUGGCCAUGACCUUGGCUCUCCUCCUUGACUGUAAUUCACUUCGACCUGGUCCUAUCUUGGUGGACUAUCAGAUCCAAAGGACAAACCAAGCUCAUAAAUAGGGGUAAUGAGUAACAAGAAGAUGGGACAGUUGGGAUUCAGGGCAUGGAGUGUCUGGGGAGUGACUCAGGAGUAAGACUGAGUGAAAUGGUGUUGGAGCCUGCUUUUGUGCGGCGACGUCUACGUGGAAUGGGGAUAGCCUGGAGCCUGCUUUUGUGCGGUGACAUCUAUGUGGAAUGGGGGUGGCCGAAAGAGUCAAGUGGCCCAGAUUUGAAAAAGGGCGUAUCUACACAUUCAUUGGAGAAGUCGUUGUUUCUGUGAAUCCUUACAAGUUGCUGAACAUCUAUGGGAGAGACACAAUUGAGCAAUAUAAAGGACGUGAGCUGUACGAGAGACCGCCUCAUCUUUUUGCAAUUGCUGAUGCUGCUUACAAAGCUAUGAAGAGGCGCUCAAAAGACACUUGUAUUGUGAUAUCAGGGGAGAGUGGAGCUGGUAAGACUGAAGCCAGUAAGUACAUUAUGCAGUACAUCGCGGCCAUCACCAACCCCAGUCAGAGAGCAGAGGUUGAAAGAGUGAAGAAUAUGUUGCUCAAGUCCAACUGCGUCUUGGAAGCUUUUGGAAAUGCCAAAACCAACCGUAACGACAACUCAAGCAGGUUUGGAAAAUACAUGGAUAUCAACUUUGAUUUCAAGGGGGAUCCUAUUGGUGGACAUAUCAAUAACUACUUAUUGGAGAAGUCUCGAGUGAUUGUGCAACAGCCAGGAGAAAGAAGCUUUCAUUCUUUCUAUCAGCUACUCCAAGGAGGUUCAGAUCAGAUACUACGCUCUCUACAUCUCCAGAAAUCCCUGUCAUCUUACAACUAUAUCCGCGUAGGAGCUCAGUUAAAGUCUUCCAUCAACGAUGCUGCAGAAUUCAAAGUAGUAGCUGAAGCCAUGAAAGUAAUUGGCUUCAAACCUGAGGAGAUUCAAACGGUGUAUAAAAUUUUGGCUGCUAUUCUUCACCUGGGAAAUUUAAAAUUCGUGGUGGACGGUGACACGCCUCUCAUUGACAAUGGCAAGGUUGUCUCUAUCAUAGCAGAAUUGCUCUCCACCAAGACGGACAUGGUUGAGAAAGCCCUUCUCUACCGGACGGUGGCCACAGGUCGCGACAUCAUCGACAAGCAGCACACGGAGCAAGAAGCUAGCUAUGGAAGGGACGCCUUUGCCAAGGCAAUAUACGAACGCCUUUUCUGUUGGAUUGUUACUCGCAUCAAUGACAUUAUUGAGGUUAAGAACUAUGACACCACAGUCCAUGGGAAGAACACGGUCAUCGGUGUCUUGGACAUCUAUGGCUUUGAAAUCUUUGACAACAACAGCUUUGAGCAGUUCUGCAUCAAUUACUGCAACGAGAAGCUGCAGCAGCUCUUUAUCCAGCUGGUUCUGAAGCAAGAGCAGGAGGAGUACCAGCGGGAGGGGAUCCCCUGGAAGCAUAUUGAUUACUUCAACAAUCAGAUCAUCGUGGACCUUGUGGAGCAGCAGCACAAGGGGAUCAUUGCUAUCCUAGAUGACGCCUGCAUGAAUGUUGGCAAGGUCACCGAUGAAAUGUUCCUCGAAGCACUUAACAGCAAAUUGGGCAAACAUGGUCAUUUUUCCAGCCGAAAGCUCUGCGCCUCAGACAAAAUCCUGGAGUUUGAUCGAGACUUUCGAAUUCGACAUUACGCAGGUGAUGUUGUCUAUUCAGUCGUUGGAUUUAUUGACAAAAAUAAAGACACUUUGUUUCAAGAUUUCAAGCGCCUCAUGUAUAACAGUUCAAAUCCCGUGCUGAAGAAUAUGUGGCCCGAAGGCAAACUGAGUAUUACAGAGGUGACCAAGCGACCUCUGACCGCUGCCACCUUGUUUAAGAAUUCGAUGAUCGCUUUAGUGGACAACCUUGCAUCAAAGGAGCCCUAUUAUGUACGUUGCAUCAAACCCAAUGACAAGAAAUCCCCACAGAUAUUUGACGAUGAGCGCUGUCGCCACCAAGUAGAGUAUCUUGGACUACUGGAAAAUGUGAGGGUGCGGCGGGCGGGGUUUGCCUUCCGCCAGACCUACGAGAAGUUUCUUCACAGAUACAAGAUGAUCUCUGAAUUCACCUGGCCCAACCAUGACCUCCCUUCAGACAAAGAGGCUGUCAAGAAGCUGGUUGAACAUUGUGGUUUUCAGGAUGAUGUGGCUUAUGGGAAAACCAAAAUUUUCAUUCGAACACCCCGAACACUGUUUACCUUGGAAGAACUCCGUGCCCAGAUGCUUGUGAGGAUUGUCCUCUUUCUACAAAAGGUGUGGCGAGGCACGCUGGCCCGCAUGCGGUACAAGAGAACCAAGGCAGCUCUGACAAUUAUCAGAUAUUACCGACGUUACAAAGUGAAGUCUUACAUUCACGAGGUUGCCAGACGCUUCCACGGCGUCAAGAGCAUGAAGGACUACGGGAAGCACGUGAAGUGGCCAACCCCACCUAAAGUUCUUCGCCGUUUCGAGGAGGCCUUACAGGCAAUUUUUAAUAGAUGGAGAGCAUCCCAGCUCAUCAAGAGCAUGCCUGCCUCUGACCUGCCCCAAGUCAGGGCAAAGGUUGCAGCCAUGGAAAUGUUGAAAGGCCAAAGGGCCGACCUGGGACUGCAAAGAGCCUGGGAGGGCAACUAUCUUGCUUCGAAGCCAGAUACACCUCAGACCUCAGGCACUUUUGUCCCCGUCGCAAAUGAACUGAAACGGAAGGACAAAUACAUGAACAUCCUCUUUUCCUGUCACGUCCGUAAGGUGAAUCGAUUUAGUAAGGUGGAAGACCGAGCAAUUUUUGUCACUGACCGUCACCUAUAUAAGAUGGACCCCACUAAACAGUACAAGGUGAUGAAGACAAUUCCACUCUAUAAUUUGACUGGUCUGAGUGUCUCCAAUGGAAAGGACCAACUUGUAGUGUUCCAUACAAAAGACAACAAAGACCUCAUUGUCUGCCUUUUCAGCAAACAGCCAACCCAUGAGAGUCGAAUUGGAGAACUUGUUGGAGUCCUGGUGAAUCAUUUCAAGAGUGAGAAGCGCCACCUUCAAGUCAACGUCACCAACCCCGUGCAGUGCAGCCUGCACGGGAAGAAGUGCACGGUCUCCGUGGAGACGCGGCUCAACCAGCCGGAGCCCGACUUCACCAAGAACCGCUCGGGCUUCAUCCUCAGCGUGCCCGGGAACUGACCGCUCACCGGGGAGGCCUCGCCAGGGCGCGGGGGCCACGGAGCCGGGCAGCUCCCCCCCCAAGCCGCUCCGCAUCGCAGGCCCCCGUCUAAUUGCUGACUGCCCGCUGCUGCCCGCUUCAAACCAGUUCGCAAGGGUCUGUGCUUGGAGCCCAGCCCUCUUCUGCCUCCUCCAAGGCUCCUCCCCUGAGGUCUCCUUGCUGCCUUUCUGCCUUUGGUCUCCAUCCUCCUCUGCCCCGACUUUCCACGGUCCUCACUCCACAGACCCAAGACCCCGGUGCCCUGCCACAGAGCCCUGGGCUCAUACCCUCGGAGACAACUUGAUGGUGCCUGGAGUCAGAGAAGCCUCUGCCCUCCCCACGCCCCCUGGCCAGGUCAGGUCAGUGUGCCCUGACCCGCUGACCAGCGACCCGGCCUGCGAGGGGUGGACGCGAUGUCCCCAACCAAAAACGUGCUCCCCUGGGGGACUGGCAGGGGAUGGAGCCCUGCUCUCUCCGUGAGUCCAGCUUGCCACCCCUCUUUCCCCCAAGGUGACCACAGUCCCUCCCCCCCGGGACCUCGCUCAGCGCUCCUCGGCGGAACCCCUCCCCCAGCAGUCAGCCAAAGCCACCAGGUGAGCAGGUUCACCUGCAGGGCCGGCCCCUCAGCCCAGGAGCCGGCAGCUGGCAGUCCAGCUGGGUGCCCCGGGGCCGAGGCCACCUCUGCAAGAGGGAGCAGGUGCUCCAAAGGCCAGCUUCCUUCACCACACGGCCUGGGCCCGUGGUGGUUGCACACGGACACGGUGCGGCUUGCAGGGCUGCUCAUCCGGUACUGCGUCUGUGGUGCCCACACUCCUGUCAGAACACCAAUAAGAAAACGGAGUCACGGGAGCCAGGGAGUGAGUGCUAGGGGGCGGGGGGGAGUUGGGAUGUUUUCCCCUUCCCACACCUCUGUUUCCUACUUACUUGGAGAAUGAGGACCGGGGCCAGAGGGGCGGAGUGACAGAAACAGAGUUGGGGGGUCCUGGCACUGCAGGCCAGGCCAGGAUGCCCACCUUGCCCUGCAUACACCCCCCGCCGGCAGCUGGGGCCCGGGCUGGGCACACAGACCUCGCGCCGGGAGAGGGCCACCGUCUUGCCGGUCCGUGCCCGGCCGAAAGCAUGGGCGCCUCACAUGCCUUCCUGAGACCGCCCUGCUCCUGAGCCUCAGCUAAGGACUCCGCCCCGAGCCUCUGGGCAGCCCAGGCCUCCAGGCCAGGAGCCUUAAAAGGAGGGACUUGGGACACGCCGGGUGGGGAGGGCACUGAGGGUGAGCCCACGGCUCAGGAGGAGACCGGCAGGGUGUCAAAGGGACGCGCUGUUUUCUUCACUUUCUGCCACAGACGCUGCCCGCACCCUACCCCCCGCCCGCUUCCCCCCACCAACCCCGCCACGCUCCCGACCUGCCACGUUGACGCUGCAAAACACACCAAGUGCCUGAGCACAGCGUCCUGUGCCUGACAUGGUCACCUGGCUGACCCCCAGGUGGUCCCAGCAGCCUGCUCUCAUGCACACACGCCCCCAGCCCCGACUUCCCAGGGUCUAUAAACAUCCGCACCCCGUGCAGUUUGCAACAAAAAGUCCUCUUGGCAUCCUGUCCUCCGACCCCCAUUCUCAUUCUCGAAGCCUGGUCAGCUGCCUGCACAGCACAGAGGUGCCAUCAGCCUGGUUUAGCAACAGAGUUUUGCCAAUCACCUUGACACUAGUUGAACCGUCCUAACUGGAACGGCGCCUCUCCUUUCCACUGACUUCCCCACACCUGUUGCUUUACGCUAGAUAUGUGCACAGGUAUGUUUUAGACACACCGAAAUGGAACAUGCCAAUGAGGGUUUCUCUGAGGCUGGAGUCCUUUCUCCUGCCUUCCAGGGCCGCCUGUGGCUCCCCGGCCCAGCGCAGGGGCCUCCCGCCGAGGGCCGGUCGACAAGCACUUUCUCGUGAUGUCCUAUCCCAGCACGUGGGAGGAAAGAACGACCAGGAACUGAGGGUGUGGUCUCAGUCAUGCUUCCUGGGUGCCCGGGGAGAGCCCGAGGACACAGUGAUUGUAUGCAAUGAAGUGUUUCUCUUGAUCUAAUUAAAUGCAGUUUUAUGGUUUGCUGCGUUUAUUCCUAUUUUCCAUUAAAUUAACUAUUUCUAGAGCAUAUUUUGAUUUACCGUCAAGAGCAAUAAAGCAUUAAAUCUUA